UGCGAGCGAUUUACCAAACACGCAUUCCAGAUGGCGCUGUGUGACUUGAACAAGUAGAAACAAAUAAACAACGAAAGUCACAGGUGAGUAUAAAUUUCUCUAAUUUGAUUCAUGAACAGGUAUGCUUUUACAUAUCCAUAGAAAUUUUGACAAUAUGUUGUUAAGACUGCUUCAGUGUUAAUAUUUGACGUCGACCUUGGACGCUUUCUUAAACUGUACUAAUGUUUUCCUCUGUUUUCAAUCUAGUUAUGCAGAAGACUGUGCAAUGGGUACAGUGUUAUGUUGAUUUACGGCUUCAUUUUCAUUAUCGAAAGGAUAAGUCCUUCAAUUGUUUGAUCCUUUGCUACUGAAUUUUGAUACAUGGAUUAUAAGUCGGGGACCUACAUGUAUAUACAGAUCUAUAUAAACAGGUUUGGAACACACGCACUGUCUCACACCUAUAUUCUCUUUGGAGAAGUGGACAUGCAUAAAUAAAGAGACCCCCCCCCCCCCCUCCCCUAGAUCUACUAUAGUGAGAUCAUUUCGCUAAAAUGGGAUUAUCCCUCUUUAGCGAGAGUAUAUUAAUCCCGAACCGAAAAAAACCCACCUGAGGAGUACAUCUAUUCAUGUUUCGCGUGAAAAAGAAACUGUGCUAAGAUGUCUAAUACUACUGCAAAUAUAUAAACCAAAACAAAAGUACUCCCGAUUUCCAUUGAAUUUUAGUGUCUGUCUCUCUUACGCAGCAACUGUAGUAUGAAAUUUCGAUCUUAACCGUGUUAUCAAUUUUAUAGACAAUCCAUGCAACAUUAAGUGUGUGUCGCACUUAUUCAACAUUUCAUGGGAUUUGCCAUUCAAUCAAAACACCUGUUUAUGGUCAUGUUUAUUUUCUCGCUAAAUGGAUUAUCACAUUUAGGCAAGAUCUCACUAUAAGGGAAGUGUUCCCAACCUAAUGAAGGUUCCUUUACAAAUCAUAUUCAACAUCAAUGAAAGUGAAUAUCAAUAGAUAAUUAAUACAUGUGUUACACUGCCGACAUCAACUGAACCUCCAUUGCAGAAAUAUUGAUUUAUGAUUUUAUACAUGCAUCAAUAAAAGUAAUUUUAAAUUCGUGACAUUUUCAGGGCUCUUUUUUAUUCUUUCUGGAUAAUGAUAAUUUUGAUAAAUUUGCCACUUUUGAGUUGCCAUAUAAGGUAUCACACCAAUAUUUGCCCAAUCAAAAUGAACUUGGUAACAAAGGAAAUUUUUUAUGUUGGCAGCCAAGGCUACUUUUUCUGAUGUGCACUUGGGAUGUUUACACACAUGUGAAAACACCAGGAUUUGAAGGUAGUCUUGUUUGCGGGUAAUUAAAACAAAAUGUUGUGUAGGGUGUUAUUUUUCCGGUGUUAGCAGAUGAGCCAUGUAACAUAGAAUAUUUCUGACUAAGUUAUCUAGCAUCAAGUAAAAAACUGAUUUUUCUCCAAUAUAGUAAUAUUUCGUGAAAAUAAUUACCGAUGUGAUAUCUAUAACAAAUUAGCAAUGGUUAUUUGAUAAUGCCAUUGCAUGUUCCAUGAAACACAUUUAUUACAUCAAUCACUGAGAAUAGGAAAUUUUAUGAGCAACAAAUUUCAACAUUAAAAUAUUUGCAUUAGGGAAUAUAGCCAAAUCUCAAAUCUAAAGUAAAGGAAAGAAAAACCUCUACUGUAGAAGAAUUUUUAGAAUAUUUAUUUUUAACUCAAUUAUGUGGUUUUCAUAAUAUCAAUAGUAAAGUGGUGGUAAACUUUUUGCACUUUGAAAAUGGAUUAGUAAGCAUCGAUUCAAAUAUUACAACAGCCAGCUCAAAUUUCACUGAAUUCGAUAUAAUAGUACUAGACAUACAAUUACUAGUAUUUAGAGUAGUGACUCCAAAAUAAGACCAUGUUCCUUCAAUGUUAUGUUAUUGUUUUAAAAAACAAACUUUAAAACAAUGAGAAGGACUUAUCCUCUUGAUUCAAAGCAUAUCAUCGAAAAACCUUAAUUCCACUUGUAUGCUCUACUUGUGGUGUCAGUGGUACACAUUUGAUUACCUACUGUACAUGCAUCAAUACCAUUAAUAUACAUUGUGCAGAUCAAUACACUUUAUAGUAAUUGCUUGUCAAAUAUCACGGUGUAGAUUGCAACACGGCACUUUUCAUUUUUCAAUAGUAUAAUUGACAUAUUAAUUAUCUUCUAGAUACAUGUACUGUUUUACAUUGAAUUUUGAGUAUAUGACAAAGUUAAAAAAUAUAUACAGACCUGGAUUGACAUUUCAAAAAUUAUCAAUGAAUUCAAGUCAUUGAUGCUUUUACAAAACAAAAUACUAUUUUUAUUACAAGUUUAGUGCAUCUAUAUUUAGAAAAUAAUUUCAUGCAUCUCUUGUGCUGAUUGGAAAUGGUCGAAUACCCGGUAAGAACAGAAUUAAAAAUGGGUAUAACUAUUGAAAAUGUACAAUUCUCAGUAUGCGAGAAAGAUGUUGAAGAAACUGAUAUUGAUAUAUAAUGUUUGAAAAGAAAACAGUAACUAUUUCACAAAGCUACAAGGCUUUAUGUAUUUGUAUAAUGAAACUCAAGAAUCUUAAUGAUUUAAUCCUGUAUUGUAAGCUCACCGAGAUGCCACUGUCACUGUUUGGUAACAAGUUUUCUCCCAAGAAGACACCCCCGAGGCGAUCACACUCUCUUUCCAAUCUCCAUCUUGAUGCUACUCAGACGCGGGAGGAGUUUGGUCCAGAUGUUGGUCCUGUCAAACUUAAGCUGGGAGGGAGUGAAAUUCAGUUUGACAAUGGCAUGUGGGUAGCAGAAAGUUCCGCUGGGGGAGCCAGUCACAAGGAAGUGAUGAAACUUCGCAAACAGAAUCAACUUCUCUCCGAGGAAAACAAUCUACUCAAACUAAAAAUAGAUGUCCUUUUAGACAUGUUAGCAGAAGCUACAGCAGUGUCUCAUUAUCACGAGAAUGAACUAAAGCAACUAAAAGGUCAAGUCGGCCGGAGGAAAUAGCAGUCCCCCACUGUGUUACGAGUUCUGUGAUAGCAAACAUUUAUGGACAUUGUAUGCAUGCAUCAUCUCAUCUGUAUCCUGUCUGAGUGAAUGUGUCGUACCGUGAAUAUCAUGCACAUAAACUCUUAGAAUCAUUUUAUUUAUAAUCUUAUUGUUAAAAAAUUAUAUCAAUAAAAUUUAGUUCCCAA